ACAAGAAAAUAAAAGAAGAAGAAAAAGACAAGAAAACAAAAGAGAAAAAAAAGACAAGAAAACAAAAGAAGAAGAAAAAGACAAGAAAACAAAAAGAGGAGAAAAAGACAAGAAAACAAAAAGAGAAGAAAAAGACAAGAAAACAAAAAGAGAAGAAAAAGACAAGAAAACGAAGAGAACAAAGAAAAAAACAAGAACUGAAAGAAACAAAAAAAAACAAGAAAAUAAAAAAGAAAAAAAAAAGACAAGAAAACAAAAAAGGAAGAAAAAACAAGAAAACGAAAGAAACAAAGAAAAAGACAAGAACUGA